UAAACAUUUAAAAAAAGUUCUUUUUUUAAAUUAAAAAAAAAAAAGAUGGAUGGGUGAGAGUCAGCUUGCAGUUAGUUCCCUGUCUGUUUCAGAUAUGUGGGUGGGGUUUCUUCUCUCUCUGCCUCUCCCUAACGCCCUCCCUCCCUCCUCCUCUGGUUAGCUUGCUUCAUGGAGAACUCCCUGGUGCUUGUGGGGCCAGGGAGGGCAGCUUACAUUUCUGGCUCCAACCCUCAAUGGCCUGGUAAUUUCAUAAAGACAGGAGCCGUUUCCAGCUUGCAGCUUACCUGGGUACAACCUGGUACUCAGGGUGGGGCCAACAAUGUUUCUGUGGAGCAACGAGAAAUGCGUCAGAGCAGGAUGCAAAACGUGCCCCGUCUCUAGUUCCCGCAUCUGUGAUCCGGAGCAAGUAACCGAAUCCUCGUAGAGCGAGCCGUGGUUCCCUUAUUGGUUAUACGGGGUGUUCACACUCCUCUCCUGAGUUUUCCCAAAUGAAACAUUUUCUGUGUGAAUGCUUUGUAAAGCCACAGAGCCGUGUCACCUUAUUGUAUAAGGAGUAUUUGGCUGCUUAUUAGAACUCUGGCAUUUCCUCCCGAGUUUUGCCUGCGGUUUACCUCUUAUUUCUCCCCAUGUUUAACAUGGCAGAUUAUUUGUAUGUCAGUUUCCUUUUUGUGCCCUGGGAACAUGGCUGUCUUUAAAAGCCCAUCUCAAGCGCUGUGUUUGCAGGACUGUGAAAACAGAUGCCUGCGUGAACCUGCUCCGACCAGCAGCCUCAUUGCUGCAGCGUGCACGAAAGCCAGCGAAUGUGUUCUUUUUCCUCGCUCCUCAGUUGGAAUUGAACGGCACUACAGGACUUGUUUUCUGGAGUGGUUACUAACCCAAAGCGGCUUGCUUUGAAUAAAUGGUGCUUUCCCCUUUGGGGACUCAAGAAUGGGAAGGACACGCAGAGAUCACAAAUGGGUUUUGGUGCCAACAAACAGAGCUGCCUCCCCAAAAAAGUAUUUGCAUUCAGCAUGUGUGUGUUAAAUGGACAGUUGUUGGUAUCUGUCUGUCUGUCCUUGGGAAAGGUCAUAGUUCAGUAACAGCCCACAUUUGGUUCCCUCGUCUCUGCUCUACUGUGGGCUCCACAGCCAGCUCAUUCAUUUGUCCAAAUCCAGGGUGGACAGUGGGAAAUAUACAUCUGGCCAGAAAAACAUUGUAGAGAGAGAGAGGGAGAGAGAGAGAGAGAGAGAGAGUUCCUUACAGAUAAUUUCAGGUGUAAUCAGUCGUGUAAGCAUCCACUCAUCUAUUUAUUUCCUCCUCCAUUCAGCCAUUCACCCAUCCAUCCAUCCCUCCAUCCUCCAUUUCGGCAAAUCCUUAUUAAGCACCUACUGUGUGCCACUUUUGUGCUGGGCUCUGGGGAUAAAAAGCCCAAUAAGACAGGAUCCGUGUCCUCAAGGAAUUGGCGGUCUAGGGUACAAGAUGUUUUCCUAAAUUUUAAGUCACAUUCUUACCCGACACAUACCUAUUCCUGUUUUGUUUUGGAUUUCAUCUCUUUUGAACAAAGCACGGCGUGGAACCAUUGUGACUUGUCCACUCAUUGUGAUGAACCCACAUUCUAGAGUUGGAUUUCAUGUUUUGUGUAACUCUAAGCGUGGUGUAAGUGCUUGUCUUAUUAAACGGGAGAAGGUGGAAGAAAUCAUCAUCCAGGAGAAAAGACCAAAUCUUAUGUAUUAAGUCAUGCGGAGGAACCCCUUUGGCGUGGACAUCUGCUGCCGUAAGGGGUCUCGAAGCCCCCUGCAGGAGCUCUACAACCCAACCCAGCUGGAGCUCUCGAACACCGCCGUCCUGCACCAGAUGAGGCGGGACCAGGUCACAGACACCUGCCGGGCCAACAGCGCCGUGAGCCGCAAGCGGCGGGUGCUGACCCCAAACGACCUGAAGCACCUGGUGGUGGACGAGGACCACGAGCUCAUCUACUGCUACGUGCCCAAGGUGGCGUGCACCAACUGGAAGCGGCUCAUGAUGGUGCUGAGCGGCCGGGGCAAGUACAGCGACCCCAUGGAGAUCCCGGCCAACGAGGCUCACGUGGCGGCCAACCUCAAGACCCUGAACCAGUACAGCAUCCCCGAGAUCAACCACCGCUUGAAAAGCUACAUGAAGUUCCUGUUCGUGCGGGAGCCCUUCGAGCGGCUGGUGUCGGCCUACCGGAACAAGUUCACGCAGAAGUACAACACGUCCUUCCACAAGCGCUAUGGCACCAAGAUCAUCCGGCGCCAGCGGAAGAACGCCACCCAGGAGGCGCUGCGCAGGGGCGACGACGUCAGGUUCGAGGAGUUCGUGGCCUAUCUCAUCGACCCGCACACGCAGCGCGAGGAGCCCUUCAACGAGCACUGGCAGACCGUGCACUCGCUGUGCCACCCGUGCCACAUCCGCUACGACCUCGUGGGCAAGUACGAGACGCUGGAGGAGGAUUCCAACUACGUGCUGCGGCUGGCGGGGGUGGGCAGCUACCUCAAGUUCCCCACCUACGCCAAGUCUACGAGAACUACUGACGAAAUGACCACGGAGUUCUUCCAGAACAUCAGCUCCGAGCACCAAACGCAGCUGUACGAAGUCUACAAACUCGAUUUUUUAAUGUUCAAUUACUCAGUGCCAAGCUACCUGAAAUUGGAAUAAAGGGGGUGGGAGAGGGAGAGAGUCGUGCUUUUUAAUUUAAGAUUUUUAUUUGUCAAAAGAAUUAUAUGGAUACUGGGUUAUUUUGUAAAUUAAUAUUUCUUUGGGAAUGAUGCUGCGAGCAGCAUGGUGAGAAUUAUUUAAAAUCCUUAGUGGGGAAGGACGGCUGUCUUUGCAGGGGGAUGGGAUGGGUGUCCUUGGUUUUAGACGGGAAUACUGCAACGCUGUCUCAAAGGUUUCCUUGUGCUCUGGUGAAUUCCAUGAAUUGUGCAUCCCGUAAAUUCUAAUUAAUAUUAUUUAUCGUUAUUUAAA